GAGAUAUGCAGGUCAACGUGGCCCUAACCAAGGUUUAUACUGCGCUAUCCGCCAUAUGACCCUGGGCGGUUCCAACCAAAAAGGUCUCUCGUCGCCUUGGAGUGUCGCGCACUCGUAACAUCUCUCAGAACAAGUAGAAACACUGAGAAGCUCAACAACCCAUAAUUCUCUCGCUGCCCACGAUGGAUGAUCUAGUCACUGCGAAAAACAAUCUAGCCACAAUCAAUCGAAAGACUCGCUUCGGGCCAACAGACCAAUAUCGAUUCAACGAUGAAACCAACCCCUUCACUUUGAAGUCGUCCCACAUUGGAGUUGGAAAAAUCGGCAAAGUUAGUGUCGAAUGUUCAACCCGGUGGACAAAAGCUCGCUGGGGAAUCCUAGGGUCUAAUGGGUUGCCCGCAGGAAUAGUCUAUGUCGACCUCACCAUUGUUCAGCCCUCCGGCCAUAGACUUCGGAGCGCUACAAUCACAAUCACUCUUCACGAAUCAAUACUGGACACGCGCUUGCAUAGAAAACACUUCGGAAGACGGCUACACAUCACGCCGAGCAACAACUCUCAAGUUCAGAUGACGAACUACUUUGCGCCGCAUUCCCUUGCUGGGGAGAAGCAUGUUACUACCUACGAAGAAGAAACAAGUUUGAUGCCCACUGUAGAUGCCGGUGGCAUUGCUGGGCUGGGUGGUCUCGGAUGGAAGCGGAAGGAAUCCGGAACGAAGACGGACUACUGGUGGUUCAAGGGGUAUACACGAUCCUCGCCCGAAGGUACAUACCUUGAAUGGCAAUUGGAAGGGACACAAUCCAAUGGCCCGCGUCACCCGCCCAAAUUUCAUACAGCCUUCGCUUUUAACCAUACUGGUAAAGCUGCCAGCAUGCACGUCAAAGUCGAAGGCAGGCUGAAAAAGAGGUACCAAGACAUCGGACGCAGCCUUUACAACUUUCGCUCUAAGCCGAUUAUCAUGGACAUCGAUCUUUCCUUGGUAUCAAACUACAAGAGAGAUAUCGAGGUGUUCGCCAUGGGCCUACGAGAGGAGAUGGAACAGGAAAACGAACAAGAAGCCCCAAGAGAAAUGACGGAGAGGUUUCCGCCGAACAGCAAGGACGAAACGCCCUCCGCAAGACUGCAGGACGACUUAUCAGGUUCAACUGUUUUGUCAGAAGACUCUUUUCACAACGAGAGAGAAGAAGGAGCCGCUUUGAGAAUAUUGAAUAGUUCUCCGUUUAGGAGAAGACCGGCAACUAACACAACGAAUCCAUGGGCCAACCACGACCACGGUCAACAGCACAAAAGCCAGCAUGCAAAGGAUGAACUGGCUAUCGAGGCUUUGCGGGAUUCAGACGGUAAAACGAAAGCUACGAUUGAAGUGCCUCCAACCCCU